AUGCGGAGCCCCUGCAAGCCGGACACCUCCACCGCCAAAGAUUCCCUCUGCCGCUCGCAGGAGCCCAUCCGUUACGCCGCUAAUGCGUUUUUUGUCCUUCUGCCCUCAGCUGCGCGCUUUGCCGGCUCCCGUGCUGCACUGACAGCGUAUCGAUUAAGCCGUGCCGAUAAAGGUCUCUGCAGCGAGAGGGGAGGGACUGCCCACGCCGACUCGUCGGAAGAAGCCCAAGCGCUCUGCUCGAAGGGACGCGACUGCAGCGGGGGAAUGAUGGGCUCUUGGGGAGCUGGCGGGACGGAAGUUACAGAGAAGGAAGUACAGCAGUGGUACAAAGGUUUUAUCAAGGACUGCCCCAGUGGACAACUGGAUGCGGCAGGGUUUCAAAAGAUCUACAAGCAAUUUUUCCCCUUUGGUGACCCCACCAAGUUUGCAACCUUCGUCUUUAAUGUCUUUGAUGAAAACAAAGAUGGAAGGAUUGAGUUUUCAGAGUUCAUCCAGGCCCUUUCGGUCACUUCCCGGGGAACCUUGGACGAGAAGCUGCGGUGGGCCUUUAAACUGUACGACCUGGACAACGAUGGAUACAUCACCCGGAACGAAAUGCUAGAUAUUGUAGAUGCUAUUUACCAGAUGGUGGGCAAUACCGUGGAGCUUCCUGAAGAAGAGAACACACCAGAGAAGCGGGUGGACCGGAUUUUCGCCAUGAUGGAUAAAAAUGCAGAUGGCAAACUAACGCUGCAAGAAUUCCAGGAAGGCUCCAAAGCAGAUCCCUCCAUCGUCCAGGCACUCUCCCUCUACGACGGACUUGUAUAGUUCUCCGCUGCUUUGACACGCCUGGGGAUGCCUCUUCUAGUGCCAUCAGACCCCCCCUUGCCAGCCCUCCUUUACGUUAAGUGCGAGCAACGGAUGCGCGGGGGGUGCGACGCCAGCCCUGCCACCUUGCGCUCAAACGCAACAUGCCUUCAUUUGCCAACUUUUGCAUUUGACGGGAAAAUGGAAAGGAAGGGGAAAGAAGACGUGAGGGGAGACGAAGAAAUCAGAACAACUUCGUUUGCUCCGGCCCCCAAAUAUCACUGGGUUGGGGGUUCCUCUCGCACAUCGAUCUUUUUUUCUUUGUUUGAAAUGAACUGAGAAGAAGUGAUUCUUUGCAUUUCCUUCAUGGGGGAAGGUGGGCUGAAGACAAGGCGCUUACUAUUAACGCAGUGCUGUGUCCAACUGCUGCAGGACUGGACCGUGUGUCCCCGGGUGGGCAGUUUCAUUAUCCAGAGCGGGCUGUUGCUUUUACACCAGGGUUGGGGCUGGGGGUGUGUGUGGGUGUGUGUGUGUGUGUCAAAAAAAUCCCCUUGAAAUCCACGUUCCGUAUCAUCGUCCUGGAUUGCAAAAAAUUGCAUUGCUUGCGGGGGGGAAUAUAUGUAUGUAGAUAAAUUAAUUUGGGGGGGGUGCUGCAGUCUUGUACAUUAUUUUAUUUCUGUGUGUGUAGGAAAAGCGAGGCACUUUCCUUCCUUUCCUUCCCCCACCCCAUUUUCAAAGGACCUCUAAAUUAUUGGUACCUAUUUAUUUGCUGCUUCAACGUCGCUGCUGUAUUUUUAGCUGGAUGUGUCAGAAAGAAAGACCAAAAAAAAAUUCGCGAUCAAAGGCUGUAAGGUUUACAUGUGUCUCUGCUGAUGAGCUGGUGUAACCCAUGGUAGAAAUCAAGCAGAAAAGAAAGAAAACGAGAGAGAAAAAAGACUUUCCCUGAAGUUAUAAACAUGAGCUCUGCUGCCUGGCUGAGUUUGAGGCAGGUAAAUGUGACUUCCCUGUAUUGUCCUUGCUCUUCCUUCUUUCACUGCUCCAUUAGCACCACCAGCAAAAGGUCCCCUCUGAGGCCUGUUGGUCUCCGGUACUUAAGAUCGGCGCCAUCCUCUGUGCGUGCGAACACCCUUGAAUGUUGUCCUUCCUUCCCUCUCUGUGUGCAUCUCUCUCCAUAUCUCCUUUUCCCCCCUGUGUUAAUUUUGCCACUAUUCCAGCACCCAAAGUUUUCUCUGCAUGAACAAAAGUGUUAAAUGUGGCCGAGUUUGUCGGAGCUUUAAAAACAAGUCGUCUUCUUUCUGAAAGAACAAACAACGAAAG